AUGGCUGCUACUAGUACCAAUGCGCGGCUACGCGCAGCGCGCAACCUUCUUCCCCUUCCUCUCGCCUUCCUGCUGCUCCUCGCCGUCACCAGCGCCAGCGCCCUGCGGCCCGUCCUUCGCGCAUCCCCCUCCGCCACGCGCGGCAACGCCCGCCGUGCGCUCGCCCGCGCAGACUCCGCCGUGUCCCCGCACAGGGUGGAGCGGCGGAAGCUGUUCAGCUGGGACGGCGUGACGGUCGAUCAGAUCAAAGCCGGCAGCCUGGGCACGAUCGACGGUCCGAAUGACGACGAGGUGACGACGAAGAUCGUGGAUCUAUUUAUGAACGCAGGGUACAACGUGAUGGUCAUUCAGAGCGACCACUCCGUGCAGGGCGACCCGGAAUCCGUGCAGGUGGAGGUGUGGCACUUCUGGGAUAACUCCGAGUUCACCGUCUACUUCAAGCAGGGCGCGUUCUCCGUGGAGAAUCUUGGCAAUGGCGGGUUCGAGAACUGGGCGUUCGGAGGCGUGUGGGAGCGAAAGCUCGUUUUUCAACCUAGCAGCCCAACACUCUCUGACCUGCAUAGUUCGAGCGACAUGGCCGUCCGCGUUACAAGCAUCCUCUUAGCUGUUCUCUGCCUCGCUACAGCUGCCUCCAGCUCUUCCAUUCCUCGGAACUACACCGCUUUUCACCGUGACGGACCGCGUCGCGCUCUCCUGCAGAUUCCCGCGUUCGACCCAGCUGCAGCUCUGGGCGCAGCAGCAGGGGCCAUGGCUGGCGCCGUCCAAUCAGCAGCCGCCACGUUGGCCAGCACAAUCGCGCAAAAUCCCGGCGGGCUUUUGUUUCACGACGCGGCGGGAAUCUGCCUUGAUUUCGGCCCUCUGCCCGCCUGCGACUUCUAUUUCGAUCUGCUCGGUCCGCUCGGGCUGCCCUCGCUGCGCUUCCCCGUCGUCUCCGGCGGCGCGCUCGUGCUCUCCCAGCAGAACGGCGACCGUCCCGUGAGCCUCGCCAUCGCCACCGGCGUUUCGCCUGACGCUGGCGAAAUCCUUGGCGAUAAGAAGGCGAAGAAGGGUGGUUACCAGGUGGAGAUUGACGCGACGGGCCCGGCGAAGUAUUGCAAGUGCGAGGCGGCGAAGCUGGCGAAAACAGUGGCGCAUGCUGGCGAUCAGUUCUACGCCACUGGACAGCCGGCCAAGGUGUAUGCACGCACGUUUCAGAAGAACCUGCCAGCGUCGGCCUUCAAGGGGUGCUGUGUGCGCCUGCCACUCACCAGCGUGCAGCUCAAGGCACCCAACGGUGACGUCAUCAACCUCAACCCGGGCGACGGCAACAAGCAGUUCCCUGAGCCCCGCCGCUGCCUUCUCUUCCACGUGCUCACCGUGUGA